GAUAGAACAGUUUGAUACCUAUGUUAAAAGAUUUGACUUGUUUUUCGUAUUCCUAAAAUAAGCUAGUUUACGUAUCUCUGACUGAAAAAUGGCAACAUAUUAUUUCGUUAUUAUAGGGCACAACGACAAUCCUAUAUUUGAAAUGGAGUUUACGACAUUUAAUAAGGAAAUGCGUAAAGAAGACAGUCGACAUUUAAGUCAAUUUAUUGCUCACGCUGCGUUAGAUCUAGUGGAUGAGCACAAGUGGAGAACAGCCAAUAUGCAACUCAAAUCUAUCGACAGAUUCAAUCAAUGGUUCGUGUCAGCAUAUGUAACCGCAAGCCAGAUUCGGUUCAUCAUCGUACACGACAACAAAAAUGAUGACGGCAUAAAGAACUUCUUUAAUGAAAUGCACGAAACCUAUAUUAAGCAUUCCAUGAACUCAUUUUAUAAAAUCAAUACUCCUAUAAAAUCACCGAUCUUCGAAAAGAAGGCGCAACUCUUCGGGAGAAAGUGUUUACUAUCGUUGUAAAUUUAAUAGUAGAUGUAAAAUCCGAUUUAAGGGAAUUUUGUAGAAUGCAGGUUUACUUCGGAUACCACCUGUAGUAUCUGUUAGUUCGAGGCUGGUACAAAAGGGAAGGAAAGGAAGGGAGCGUUGUAUCGCCCACCUAUCCAGCUCGAAAUAGAAGACCAAAGUAUUCAGUCGUGCCUCUUCAAAAUAAGGAAAAUUGUUGAUUUUGCUUACAAAAUGCCACAAAUAUUUAAAGUACACCAAAUAAAAGGACUUUUUUGCUUGGACCAAAAAUGUAACAGAAUAGGUA